AUGAUUCACUUCGUCCUCCUCAUUAGCCGGCAAGGGAAGGUCAGGCUGGCCAAAUGGUAUUCCGCUUAUUCUCAAAAAGAACGGACGAAGAUCACGCGGGAGCUGUCAGGAACAAUACUCAGCAGGCCGGCUAAGCUAUGCAAUUUCGUGGAUUGGCGGGGUUACAAGGUUGUCUACAAGCGGUACGCGAGCCUGUACUUCUGCAUGUGCGUGGACAUCAACGACAACGAGCUGGAGACCCUCGAGAUCAUCCACCACUACGUCGAGGUGCUCGACCGCUACUUCACCAACGUCUGCGAGCUUGAUCUCAUCUUCAACUUCCACAAGGCAUACUAUAUACUAGAUGAAAUCCUCAUAGCAGGAGAGCUACAAGAGUCGAGCAAGAAGUCGGUUGCAAGAGUGAUAGCGGCUCAGGACACAUUGGUGGAGACAGCAAAGGAGCAGGGCGGUAGUUUGUCCUCCAUCAUUGCUCAAGCAACACACGGCGGCGGUGCAGCGGCAAGCGGAAGGGGCAUUUACUCGGCGGUGAAAUUCGUGUACGAGUACGAAACUGUUCGGGGGAGCGGAUAUGACACGGGCGACCUUGACGAGGCGAGGGGAUCGGAGCAGAGAGAGGUGACGGGGAGGGGUGAUGCGGAGCACGGGGGUAAAGAGGAGGUUAGAGGUGCGGCAGAGGGGCGAGCAGGGCAGGAAGCGAGCAACGGUGCGGAGUGGCAUGGGAGGAAGGGGCGUGGUGUGUGGUUGAGGCUGGCGUGCGGAUCCGCGCGAGCUCAAGGUCGGGGGGGCGGGAAAGGUGCUGCUGGUGUGCAUGCAGGAACAGGCGGCCACAGAGGCCUCGGGUACGGGUCUCACAGGGCGGAGGUAUCGAGUGGUGCCUGGGGGGGCGAGGGUGAAGCGAGGACGUUCAGGCUGGGCGGCGUGCUGCGAGGGGACGGCGAGGGUGGGGAGCAGGCGGAGAAAGGCGCGCUCGCAAGGGAUGGGGAAGAAGGAACGGACGGAAGGGAUGGCAAGGAGAGGGGGGUGGAAGGGAAGGAAGAGGACGAGGCGAUGGUGGUGGAGGAGAAAGUGCAGGGCGGCAAAGGAGGUCUUGGGACGACGGCUGUAUUAAGUGGCGCACAGGUGGGAGGGGGCAGCAGCGGCGCGGAGAGGGAGGUGGCGGGUGAGGUGGAGCGCGGGCGUGCCAAGAGUGAGGCGGGGGAGGCAGCUGUGCCUGAGGCGACUGUGGGAGCAGAGGAGGGCAGGGCGGUGGCGGUGCUGCCUGUGUUCUUCGACAGGGGAGGCUCCUCCACUGGGUGUGCAGCUACUGGGUCAGGUGCUGGGGCAGGCUCUGCUGCAGGAACGUGCGAGGUGCUGCCUGUGGUGGAAGAGAGGGUGGGGCUUCUACCUGUUUUGGAUGACAGGCAAAAGCGCUUGCCUCUGUCCGCGGGAGCAGCGGAAGUGACGUGUUCUGCAGACGUGGCAGUGCGGUUUGAGAGGCUCCACGUGGGCGUGGAGGCCAUAGGGUCGGGCGAGGUGGUUGGGGGGGCGGAGGGAGGAGCGGAGGGUGAGGAGAGGGAGCGGCGAGACGGCAGAGGAAUGCAAAAAGGAAGGAGAGGAGGGGAGGGGGCGGAAGGUGAAGGGGAGGAGGGGGAUGCAGACAAGUGUGAAUGGAAGCGCGAAGGGGAGGAGGAAGAAGAGAAUGAGGAGGACGAGGAGGAGGAAGAGAGUGAGGAAGAGGAAGGGGAGAGCUCGGAGGGCAUGGAGGAGGAGUUGGGCGAGGAGUGGGAGAGGGAGCUUGAGGCGGCUUACCAGCGGGAGCUGGCUCGCCGGCAGUCAGGCAAGGGCAAGGGCGCGGCCUCUGCGGCUCCUGCUCCCCCCUGCCCCGCCUCUGCUGCUCCUGUUGCACGGGGCACUGCGCCCCUGGGGCGAGGCAGAGGGCGGGCAGCGGGAGGCAGGAGUGCGGGGAGAGGAGGGGGGGCAGGGAGAGGCGGGAGGGCAGGGAGAGGCGGGAGGGCAGGGCACGCGGCAGCUGGAAGGGGGAGUGUGGAGGAAGGAGGAGCAGGAGCAGGAGCAGGAGCAAGAAGGGUGCGGAGGGCAGUGGUGGCAGAGGGGGGAUGGGGCGUGGCGGCGGGCAGCAGGAAGGGGCGCAGGAAGCAGGCGAGGGAGCUGAAGCGCAUGCAGCGAGCGGUGGGAUUCAACCCGGACGCUGCUGACGUGGACCUCAUGCUCCUCAACCAGGGCAUGCAGCAGGUGGCGGUGGGGCGAGUGGACGUCUUUGCGUCGCCACCAUUGACACAGCACCAGUUCUCCAUGGUGCAAGCCAUGGCACGUUCAUACCGCCUGACCUCCAUGGUGCAGCAGAGCGGCAAGAGAAAGAUGCUGCUAUUUCGGUCAGGGCGGCACACGGCAGUGCCACAGGGCGAGGACAUGACUCGACUGGAAGAGCUACCAUCUCUGUGCCUUCCUUUCGGCCCCGCCUACCAGAUUCUCGGGCGCUUCAACCUUGCCAGAGCCGCUGCUGCUGAGUGUGGUGGUGGGAGCAGCAGGCAGGGGCAGCGGGGAGCGAGGAAGGGCGGGGACUACAGAGAGCGACAGCUGGCACAGUACAUGGAGGACAUGGAUGUGGUGCAUGGGGUCGCUGAGAUGGAGGAGAUGAUGCUGAUGAUGGGGAGUGAUGAUGACAGUGAUGAGGAUGCUGACGAGGAGGAUGAGGAGGAGGAGGGGGAUGAAGAUGAGAGUGGGGAGGACGAGAGCGAAGGGAGUGAGAGUGAGGGGAGUGAUGGGAGUGAGGAGGUGAGCCGUGUGUCGCGCAAGCAGCGCAGGGCACAGGCCCAGGCACGGCUGAUGCAGGCACUGGGGGAGCGCAUGCAGCGAGACAAGGCGGCGCGGAAGAGGGAGCUCCGGGAGAAGGCACGGGGGGAAAAGGGGCGGAGGGGAAGGGAGAGAGCGCUUAGCGGAGAGGAGGAGACCCUGUGGAGGAGGAAGGGAGGAGGGUUGGUGCAAGCUGGAGGAGGUAGUGGGAGGCGGGGCGUGAGGGAGGGGCGGGUGGGUGGUGGGUCAGGGAGACAGGGGUAUGCGUCGAACCCUGUGGUGUUUGUGUCACGGGGUAUCAUGGCCACCGAUGUGCUUGUAACAGAUGAGGGCGACCAGGAGGUGACUGAGGUGAGUGUGACUGUACAGAGCGUGCAACAACCAACCUCAGAAGUAGAGGAGGCUUCAGAGGGUUUGAUGAAUGAGGAAGGUUCAGAAAGGGGUGUGGCUGUAGCCGGUGGUGUGAGUACCACAGGUGGCGUGGUGGGUGUUAGGGCAUUAGAUGCUGUUGCAGUUGCCAGUGCAGGGGGCUCUGUUUCGGUGCGGGAGCUGGGACAGGCAGCUGGCAAGGCCACCGAUCAGGAGAGGAAAAAUGUACACAGCAGAGGCUGGGCAAAGGGUGGUGGGGAUGGCAGCAGAGAGGCUAGACUAGGGCAAGGAGGGCGAGGUGGCAGGGGUAGUACAAAGAGGGGAGAAAGGGGAGGAAGUGAAGAAGUUAUGGGUGGCAGGAGCAGUUCGGGCAGCUGUGGUGUGGCAGCAGAUUUUGCAAGUUUUGAGGCGCACACGAGGGGGUUCGGGUCGCGCAUGAUGGCGCAAAUGGGUUUCCGCAUUGGCUCUGGCCUUGGAAAGGACAAGCAGGGAAUCUCCGAGCCUGUGCAAGCUGAGCUUCGCCCCAAGGGCCUUGGACUUGGGCCGGCAGGGGCGUACAGGAGGAUGGGUGCAAGUGAGGACGGAGCAGCAUUGCUGGGGUGCCACAAGGCUGGGGUUAGUGAUGCGGGCCCUGCUGCUGCUUCCUCUGCUGCACUGCCCGCAGCACGAUUGGGUCACGGGCAGGGCAGUGAGGGCGUCAAUGAUGGGGGGGUUGCAGGAGGCAGCGGGAAGGGAGGAUUGGGUGGGCUCUCGUGUGUGCGGGAGUUCUCCUUCCAAGAAAUGGCUCUCGCAACCAACAACUUCCACGAGUCGUCAGUCCUGGGAGAGGGCGGCUUCGGACGAGUCUACUGCGGCACCAUCCCUCCCCCACCGCACUCCACCCCCUCCUCCCCUGCUGCUCCUAUCGAAGUAGCAAUAAAGAGGAUGGACCGCGGUGGGCGGCAGGGCGACAGAGAGUUCCUAGUGGAAGUAGAGGUGCUAUCUCGCCUGCACCACCGGCACUUGGUUAAACUUCUAGGCUACUGUGUAUCACCGGGCGAGCACAUGCUGUGCUACGAGCUGCUAACCAACGGCAGUCUGCACUCGUGGCUGCACGGCCCCCACUCCCACCGCGCCUUCCUCGACUGGCCCGCGCGGGUCAGCAUAGCAGUGGGGGCGGCGCGGGGGUUGGCGUAUCUGCACGAGGGGUCGCAGCCGGCCGUGAUUCAUCGCGACUUAAAGCCGUCCAACAUCCUGCUGGACGCGUGCAUGAGCCCCAAGCUCGCUGACUUUGGGCUUGCUAAGGCGGCGCCUCAGGGGGUGGAUGAGCACGUGUCCACCCGCGUCAUGGGCACCUUUGGGUACGUGGCGCCGGAGUAUGCAAUGACGGGGCAUCUGAUGGUGCCCAGCGACGUGUACAGCUUCGGGGUCGUGCUGCUGGAGCUGCUGUCCGGCCGCAAGGCCGUUGACACCUCCAGGCCACUUGGCCAGGAGAGCCUCGUGCUCUGGGCCCGUCCACUCCUCGCCAAGCCCUCCCGCUACCGCCACCUGCUGGACCCUCGCCUGCUGGCGUGCCCGUCACCGCCCCACCCUGCUGCGCUGCACACCGUGGCAGCACUCGCCCAUGCGUGCGUCCACAGCGACCCCGCCGCCCGGCCCCCCAUGAGCACCGUCGUCGAGUUGCUGCGCCGCGCACAACAGACAAGCAACGCCGACCAGAAGCAGCCGUCGUUUGCAUUGCAGCUGUCGCUGGAUACACUGUGCAUGGCGUCGCCGUGUGUGGGAGAGCAGGGCGGACCGAUUAUGCCCUGUGGUUCCAACCCUGAUUCGUCCCUGGCGCCCCACAGCCCCCAGUGUGACUCCAGUGCUCCCACCGUGCCUGCAGUCUCCACCCCACCUGGCAGCGCCAGCACCCCGCCCUGCUUUUUCCCAGGGUCGUCCCUGAUGGAUAGCUCACAGGACACUCACAGCAGGAGUGGCAGGAACGGGAUAAGCAAUCAGGCUGCUGCCAACAGUAGGCGCAGCAACGGCAACCCCUCUGCUGCCAGAAGCAGAAGCAGCAGAAAUAGCGGAACCGGAGCGUGUCCCCUCCCCCCUGCUGGGUCUCAGCUUGCGCCUCGAGCUCACUGUGACUUGGGGAGGAGACAGCACAGAGACACAGGAGCAAUGCUGGAUGGAGCAGAGAUAUUUGAUCUGGAUUUGGAAGAUACCGCCACAUCAGCACCAACCCAUGCCAUGCUGGAGGGUGACCGUGGCCUGCACGCUGCAAGCAGUGCACAAAACGGAGUCUCAACCGCGGCAACAUUGGCACACUCCCCAGCACUGACUGGUGCUGUGCUUGCAGCUCAAGUGUCUGCCGUUGCCUCGUGCACCGUGCGUGCAGCUCCACAGGAAAGUCCAGCCAGUGUGAUUGAGCAAAAGGUUUCCUGUGUAGACAUCAAGCGCUCCAGAUGUCAGCCUGAUGACAAGGCUUCAUGCUUGUUCGAGACCUCUGCUGGACAAAGCAUUUUGUGA